AUGGCAUUACCUGAUAACUUUGCAUCCAAGUUAACAGCACUCGUUGUAGAUGACACUGAAAUCAUUCGAAAAAUUCAUCAAAAGAUGUUGAGUAGUUUAGGAGUGAAAAGUCAAGGUGUGAAAAAUGGAAAAGAAGCAUUGGAAAUUCAUAGCUAUGGACAAAAAUUUGACCUAAUUCUCAUGGAUAAAGAUAUGCCUAUUAUGAAUGGUGUUGAGGCAACAAAGGAACUCCGUGCAAUGGGAAUUUGUAGCACUAUUGUUGGAGUGUCAUCACAUUCCAUGGAAGAGGAAAUAGUGAAGUUUAUGGAAGCAGGACUAGAUGAGUAUCAAGAGAAACCUUUGAACAAAGUGAAACUUAGUUCUAUUAUUGACAAGAUCAAACACAAUCUCAUAUCCAAGUGA